GCAGUAAAGAGGUUGUUUCAAAAGACCAUUAAGAUGGCUCUUUCUAGUAAGUUGACUUUGGACAAACUGGAUGUGAAGGGGAAACGAGUCAUUAUGAGGGUAGACUUCAACGUUCCCAUGAAGAACAACCAAAUCACUAACAACCAGAGAAUCAAGGCUGCCAUCCCAAGCAUCAAGCAUUGUCUGGAUGAAGGAGCCAAGUCUGUAGUUCUCAUGAGCCACCUCGGCCGACCUGACGGUGUCCCAAUGCCAGAUAAGUAUUCCUUAGAACCUGUUGCUGCUGAGCUCAAAUCGCUGCUGGGCAAAGAUGUUUUGUUCCUGAAGGACUGUGUGGGUUCUGAAGUAGAGAAAGCCUGUGAAAACCCAAAUAACGGAUCUGUCAUCCUACUGGAGAACCUGCGCUUCCACGUGGAGGAAGAAGGCAAGGGUCAGGAUUCUUCUGGAAACAAGAUUACUGCUAACCCAGCAAAAGUAGAAGCCUUCCGAACAUCACUGUCCAAACUCGGCGAUGUCUAUGUCAAUGACGCUUUCGGCACCGCACACCGGGCUCACAGCUCCAUGGUGGGUGUCAAUUUGCCCCAGAAGGCAUCUGGGUUCCUCAUGAAGAAAGAACUAGAUUACUUUGCCAAGGUAUUAGAACACCCAGAGAGACCCUUUCUGGCUAUCCUUGGUGGAGCCAAAGUGACAGACAAGAUCCAACUCAUCAAAAACAUGUUAGACAAAGUCAAUUUCAUGAUUAUUGGAGGGGGGAUGGCUUACACCUUCCUGAAGGAACUCAAGAACAUGCAAAUUGGUGCUUCCUUGUUUGAUGAAGAGGGAGCCAAGAUUGUCAAAGAGAUCAUGGCCAAAGCAGAAAAGAACGGUGUAAAGAUAAUCUUCCCUGUUGACUUUGUAACUGCGGACAAGUUUGACGAGCAUGCAAAAGUUGGACAAGCCACUCUAGAAUCCGGCAUCCCAUCUGGCUGGAUGGGUUUGGACUGUGGUCCUGAGAGCAUUAAAAACAACGCUCAGAUUGUGGCCCAGGCAAAGCUUAUCGUUUGGAAUGGACCCAUGGGGGUGUUUGAAUGGGAUGCCUUUGCUAAGGGAACCAAAGCCCUCAUGGAUGACGUCGUACAGGCCACCUCCAAGGGCUGUGUCACCAUUAUAGGGGGUGGAGAUACUGCUACUUGCUGUGCCAAAUGGGACACUGAAAACAAGGUCAGCCAUGUGAGCACCGGAGGUGGGGCAAGUCUCGAGCUUCUGGAAGGUAAAGUCCUUCCUGGGGUCGAGGCCCUCAGCAACAUGUAAUGGUCAAAAUAGUCUUGCUUCCUGUUUCCAGUAUGGAGCGCUGAAUUCAACUUAGUGCUUUCACAUCUGAACUUAAAUUCACGUCUACUCUGUAUCAAGCCCCAGGUAAUGAGCAAACAGUGAGCCAUCAGAACAACCAGAACACAUCUUGGUAACUCUGUCAUGCCUUUGUUACACUCUUAAACAUCUCAUCAGGAUUUCUGCUGUGCUUAAAAGGGAGGAAACUGUCUUAUGUCACCUAUUAAAGAAAUGAGGUGAAUAA